AUGGACUGGGAGCGUGUCGCCUCCACCUGGCAGACAGCUUCACCAGCCUCACGAGUAAUCGUCACCCUCAGUACCCUCUCACUCACAGCCCUUCUCAUCUCAAUCAUCUACGAACUCUACUUCUCCCCCCUCUCCAAAUUCCCCGGCCCAAAACUAUGCGCCAUCUCCCGCAUCCCCCAUCUCAUAGCAACAGCCAGCGGCCACCAACUCCCCUGGCUCAUCAAUCUCCACAACAAAUACGGCGGCGUUGUUCGCAUCGCCCCAGAUGCUCUCACAUUCACUGAUGAGCGCGCCUGGGCUGAUAUCUGCGGUGCAUCAAAAGCUGCAAAAGAUGGCAUGGCGAAAGAUCCUCGUCUUGCGGCUUUGGUAGGCGGUGAUUUGGUGAAUCCGGAUCCUGCGAAGCCGAGAUCGCAGCAGACUCAUAGUAUUAUGAGAAAGGCGAUGGUUCCGGCGCUAAAGAGGGAGAAUGUUAAGAAACUUGAGGGUAUGAUUAAUGGGCAUAUUGAGGAGUACCUCUCUGCUCUGCAGAAGGUUAGUGAAGGGAAAGAAGCUGUUGAUAUGCGAGAUAUGAACAGUUUUCUCAUCUGCGAUCUCAUCGCGGAUCUGUUCCUCGGUGAAUCUCUUCAUCUGUUUACUGAUUCAGAGUUCAUCCCUUGGGUACACUCGUUCGAUCGCUUUGCCCGAGGUGUCACCAUCCUCGCUGUCCUCAACCGUUUCCCUUUCUUACACAAAUUCCUCCUCUUUGCUGUUCAUCGCUGGGGAAGCGGUGAACGUGACUCUUUCAUGGCGCCUAUCUUUGCACGCUUUGACCGUCGUGUCGCUCUCACUUCAGCUCGACAUGACAUGCUGCAAAUGGUGCUUGAUGGAGAUUCCGAAAGUACUGGACGUCAGGGAACUAUGCCCCUUGACCUUCUACGAGAGUUUGCACCAUUCUUGAUGUUAGGAGGAUGUGAGGCUAUGCCUACAGUACUCACAGGCUUUGUCUACUUCGUCUUUCGCAAGAAGAGUGCAGAUAUUAGGAAGAAGCUUCUGGAAGAGGUUCGCAGAGCCUUCUCUCGUGAUUCCGAUAUCACAAUGGAUAAGAUUAGCCAGUCUCAGAAAGACCUGCCGUACCUGGAAGCAUGUCUUCAAGAGUCUAUUCGCUGCUACUCACCGGCUGCAACCGGCACCGACCGUGUAGUACCUGCAUCUGGGGCUCAAAUCGCGGGUCGCUUUGUGCCCGGCAACACAGUGGUCAUGAUGCUGCAUCAAGUGACCUACUCAGUCAAGCACAACUUUUCUAGAGCAUCGGAGUAUGUACCCGAGAGAUGGCUUCCUGAAGGAAAGGGUCGGCCUCAGGAUUGCAUCGAUGAUGUGAGGGGCAGUGUUCACCCGUUCUCAGUUGGCCCGCAGUCUUGCUUCGGACAAGAACUGAGCUUUUAUGUCUUGCGGUUGGCGUUAUGUAAGCUUUUGUAUCGCUUUGAUAUUGAGCUUACGUCUGAGUCCGAGAAUUGGGUAGAAGGGCAGCUUACCUUUGGUACGAGGUCAAAGCCUCCACUGAUGGCAUACGUCAAGAAAGCAUGA